AAAGGAAAGUUAAAGUUAUGUCGAAUUGUCGUUUUGAUUGACGACUUGUCGGUGACGAAAACGAAAAACACAUUGAUUUCAAAAGUCAUACAUUACAGAGACCUAUCAUUUGACUAAUAAGUUUGUUUUAGUAAUUAUUGUGUUGUUUUCGAUAUUAUUUCCAUAUACAUUUAAAACCGUAAUAUUAAUUCUUAGUGUUUUUUAUCUCAAUAUCUUGUUUCUUCGCCUUUAUAAAUACGCAAUUAUAAUGCCUAGUGAGGACAAAGCAGUUUCUGAACAGCAAGGUUCAGAAGGAGUUAAUACGCAGGCGUUGCAAUCUCCAGACGAUGAAAAUGCUAAGUCUUGCUGGGUUUGUUUUGCCACGGAGGCCGAUGACAGACUCGCUGCUUGGGUUCAACCGUGUAAAUGUAUUGGCACUACGAAAUGGGUGCAUCAAAGUUGUCUCCAGCGGUGGGUAGAUGAGAAGCAACGGGGAAAUAUAAGCAGAAAAGUAUUGUGCCCUCAGUGUAAAGCAGAGUAUAUUGUCGUCUUCCCUUCAAUGGGCGCGUUUGUGGCACUACUCGAUGCUUUGGAAGAGAUCACAUAUAAAAUUAGCCCGUUCAUAGCUGGCGGUGUCUUACUAGGCUCAAUAUACUGGAUAGCUAUCACUUAUGGUGCUGUUACCGUUAUGCAGGUGGUCGGCCAUAGAGAAGGUUUAGAAAUGAUGGAGUCAGCUGAUCCCCUGGUACUACUCGUACUUUUACCAACCAUUCCAGUGACGUUGAUCAGCGCUAAGAUGUACAACUGGGAGGACUCAGUGCUACUCUUCUUGAGGAAAUAUUGUGCGAAGAUCCCCGCUCUCGCGUAUAUACUACCGUUUGGAAACGUGGAGGGUGACAGAGGCGCAAUCGUGUCAGGUCAAAAUAACAACGGAAAUCAAAAUGGAAACUCGAAUUUAUCUCCAACCAGAAUAUUUUGUUCAGCAUUACUGUUACCUACAAUUUCAACAAUAAUCGGCAAAAUAUUUUUCCGUUCAGUACAAAAUAAUCUUCAUAGAACCAUACUAGGUGGUCUGACUUACAUCACAAUAAAAGGAGCUCUCAAAAUAUAUCACAAACAAAUGUUAUAUAUUAGACAUUCGAGUAGGAAAAUUCUAGAUUAUACAGAGUCAAAUUUAAAAUUAUACAGAAGUGCGAUGACUACGAAUACAACUGAUGUCGUUUCGAGUGCCAACGAUUCUGAACAAGUCAUUUAAAUUUUUAGAAAUAGUUAAAAAUAACGUUAUUUUUUUUUUAGAACGAAAAUCGUGUGACGUAACGUCUUGUAACGGUUGUACUUAUGGUACGUAUGGUGAUAAACACGUUAUUGACUGUUGUGAAUUUCUAUUCUAUUUUGUUUAUAAGAUCACUUAUAAUUCUUUUUUUAAAUGCGCUAGAAUAGUUAAAAAAAGAUCAUUAUUCUGCGAUGACAAGUUUUUUUUUUUAAUAAUAGCAACUUCUAUAAAUAAAUGUCUAUUAUAUUUUUUAAUUUGUUUUUUAAUUGUUUAUAAUAGAAUAGAACGUAAUAUGUUGCUUUAAUUAAAUUUAAAAAAUAUAUUAAUAACAAUUUAAUACUCCCUAUAGAAAACAAACUAAGUAAACGAUUAGGAAUAUUUAACCAUCAUAAAAAUACUUUUAUUUUAAUUUUAUUAUACUUGCCAGUAAAAUGCUAGUAUUGCUAAACUUAUUUUUUAUCUGUAUUUAGUUUUUUUUAUUACACAUGGUAACUAAUAUGGCAACUGUUCGCGUUAUUGCGCCGUACGAACUUUUUUAUGUAUCUAUGUUUAAUUUUCUUAUGAAAUAUUUACUAGUAAAACAAAAAUUAUAUACCAUACUUAUUUAUUUAUAUAAAUUUACUCAUAUAAUAUUAUGUAUUCAUUUUUUCAUUUAGUUAAUCGAUUGCGUAAUUAUUUGGGAUAUGAAUUGAACAUUUUUUCAUUAUUAAAAAGUUAAUUUUACUUUCGUUUGAAGUUCAACAUAAAUUGUCUCUUUUGUAUAUGGCAACAAAUAGAAAUUGUAAUAAAUAGGACUUGGUGGCACUUUACUUGACGUUCUAACACAUAUUUACAACACUUGUUCGAAUACUACAAUACGUUAUUCACUUUCACAAAUAUGUCAAACAACGUAAACAGCAAACAUGUACUUCCGUUUGUCAGUAAAUAAGAUAAAUGAUAUUACCAGAUAUUUACCGUUCAUACUUGGUUCAAUCAAUAGAAACACACAGUUAUUUUGGCAUAUUUGAGUUAUUUGCGCGUUUAAUUCACGUGUUCAUGAAUGAUGUUCGUAAUAUUUGAGAUUACACGAAAUAUUUAAUCGAACAAAUCGAUAUCGCAACGCAAACACGCUAGUCUUAUUCUAAAAUUUAAAAAGGUAAUUAUAUUUUUUUAAAUUAUAAAGCAUAGAGAUCAUUAUCGAGGAAGAACUGUGACAAUAGUUUAAAAUUUGCGAAAAUUUGUUUAUAAUUACAUCUGGCAACAUAUUUUUGCCUUGCCUACAUUUUUUUUGUAUAUAUCUGUGACUGUAACAUAAUAUUACGAUGUAUGCAGCCGAGCCAAACAGUUAAGUUUUAAUCAUUAAAAAUUUAAUUAAUUAGUAAGUAUGUUAAAUUAUUUCAGUGUUGAUUAAUUUAAACAAUUUUAAUAAAACGACAUGAAUACUAAAAUGUAAACAAAAGUAAUUUUUAUAAAUAAUGUAAAAUAAAUUGGACAGUCCAUCCGGUCAUCACGUCAUUGUUUUAAUGAAAAUUGUAAAUAUUUUACUAUUGUAACAUAAAAUUAAUGUAUAAUACUAAACAUAUGAAUAUAUUUUUGUGCUCUUUUAUAGCUGUAAACAUUUUAUUCGUCGCUUAAGUGUGGAAUAUCUAAUAAAUCUUUGGAUAUGCGGAUACUAGUAAAUCAUUAAAUAAUAUUAUCAAAUGAAUUGAUUAAUACUUUAAAAGAAACUCUAUUUUCUUCUACAUUUAGAAUAGAAACAUAGAGAGAAAACAGAGAGUAAACUCUAGUGAUGUAAGUUAUAGCUACUGUAAUGAUAACGUGGUGGUGCAUUAUGGGUUAUAAAUAACGAGCGAUGAAUAUUGCGUAGAUUUUUUAUUGCUACAUACUUGCUAUGAUCGAUUCAUUUUUUAGUUAUCGAUGCUCACUAUAUAUAUACUCCCUAAUGUGAUUACUUGACAACGAGUGUUUUUGUUAAUCUUUCCUUUAUAUUACAAUAACCAAUAAAUCACUACGCGACUAAACGUGUUAAAAAGACAGUCGAGGCUCUGCAUCAAUUUCAAGUAAAAUAAUUCCUCCCAUUUUUUUUUUCAACGUUAUAAAAAACGUCAAUCAAAUGAAAACCUGAUGAGAUUAAGAUUCAAUUUAGCUUUAACAGAUUAUCUCUUCUAGUGAACGUUUUAACCAUCACCAACCAUAGCUUCAACCAUCACAUACGGAAUUAUAAAAGUGAUGCCAGAAAUAUUCAUGAAUAAUAGUCUCAUAGAAUUCUAGAAAGAAAUUGAGCAACUGUGCGUUCAAUAAUAGUCUUAAUGUCAAAGGAAAAGUGCACACGCCUGUGACAAAGACGUAAAAGUAGAGGAAUGAGCAAAGGUAGUACAAGAUAUACUCUGAUACUAUCUUCGCUUAAUUUAUCCCCCACAUUUAUAGUUUAGAACUCUACCAUGACAAACGAAUAUUUUUAGAUGCACAGGAAAUCAAAUUUUAUUACCAGCACGUUAAAUGCCAAAUUGCCUUAUUUUAUUGUAAAAUUUGUAUCGGCUAUUGCUGACAUAUUAUUGACGGCGUUUUUUGUAUUGCAAUGCUGGCUGAUAAGUUUGUGGUUUGUUUUGUCGUCUAGAAUAAUAAGAAUCAAGAAUUUAAUUUUGCUUCAAUCAAUAUUAACGAUACGAUUAUUUCACUGUAUAAUAUAUGUAACUAUAAUUAUAUCAAAUUAUAGCAAAAUAACUGGAUAGUACCUAGAUAUCGGUUACAAAAUUAUGCGAAUAAAAAUAUAAUUAUUGUAAUUUUUAAAUAAAGUUACGGAUUUCUUGAAAUCUGUUUUUUUUAAAUAACUUUAACUUUAGUAGUAUAGUUUAUUUAUUUUAAUUGGGAUCUGACAGACAGACGUGACAUUCGCAGGUCUAAGCAGGAUCUAAUAUCAGAUAACAGUUACUAAGCUAUAUAUCUACUAUAUUUGAAUGGAUUAAAGAGGACAAAAACCUUAUACAUAUGAUUACUUAUCCAUGAGAUUUGCUAAUAACUCUGCCAUAUAACUAUAAACGGUUUUUGGGUAAUAUAAAUAUAUUUCUAACUUAAUAUUUUUUUACUUAACUACUUAUAUACGCUUUUAUAUUACUACCAAAGUUGCGUUAAAAACUUUGCCGAAAAUCAAAAUGUCAUUUUUUCUCGAUAAUAUCUCGUCUAAUUUGAGAAAUAAUGGUCUUGUUUAGGCCUCAACCAAUUGUCAUGUUAAUUCAAAGCCAUAAUUGUUUAUUUACCUUUACUCCACGUACCAUUAGACAGGCUAAAGUUAGUAUGUAUGUUGCUUAUUGUUAGCCCGAUUGAGAGCCGUAUUUGUAUGAAUUUUUACUGUUUUAAUUGUACGAUUAACAUAAUAGAAAAUUUUAAAUUCAU